AUGGUGUUGAGCCUUCUGGGUAUCCCGUUGGAUUGUAUGCGAGAUGUCAGUCAUGUCGAGAUUGGGUUCUCUAUGAGAGGUACGGAAGUUGAAGGGGAUACGAAGAACAGCAUCGGUAUUUUGAAUAUGGGUGUACGGGAACUGGCACAUAAUGCUGUUUCCUUCUUCUGGAACCCGUUGGAUGGACCCGCGAAAAUCAACAUCGCGGUACAAUGUCUGAGCACUGAUUUCAGUACGCAAAAAGGAGUCAAAGGCUUGCCGCUGCACGUUCAGAUCGACACGUACGAGGACCCGUCCAGUUCCGUCGUGACGCAUCGCGGCUACUGUCAAAUCAAGAUCUUCUGUGAUAAGGGUGCUGAGCGAAAGACGCGGGACGAGGAACGCAAGGCGAACAAGAAAAAACUGCUGGCUGCUGCCGGCCGGAAGAAGAUUGAAGAUCACGGCCAUCCUCCUUGCGAACGAUCGGAGUUUUAUGGAAUGCAGAAUACGACGAAACAACCUGUAAUGUUUACGCCAUCUGAAGACGUGGAGGAGCGAGGAAAGGUCAGUGUCGUUAGUCGGGCGAGAAUGAUUGUCGCCAUGAGCCGGCGAUGUCGGAAAUCACGGCUGAUGAAGUCUUCUGUGGUAACUGGAGCGUCUCCGACCGCGUUUUGUCUCAGGAAUGUUUCCCACUGGAUUUUAACGGGUAACGCUGCGGAAAUUUCUUUGCUGAUCUCUUUCCAGACGACUUCCAUGGAGUUCCAAACAUUCUACGGGCAGCCGGCAUCGAACGCCGAGGACGUGGUCGUGAAACGGGAGCAUUCGGAGUCGUCGAACGGGGCACACGAGGUUGGCGCCGGUAUGACAGGCCUGGACGUGAUCUUGGACGUGGCCGGAGCACCGACACCCCACUCUGCACUGGGCCAGCACCCGAUGACGAUCAGUGUCCCACCGCCGACGAAGCGGGCCAAGUUGAGCCCGUCGCCGUCGGAUCGCCUCAUGUUGUACGUGAGGCAAGAUGGUGAGGAUGCGUAUACGCCUUUGCAUCUCUGUCCACCCACCUUGGUUGGACUGCUCAACGCCGUCGGGGUUCGUGAGGCGCGAGGAUCGCAGUUCGCCUACGAGACACUUCCCACGUGGCUUAUGGCGAUGGCGAGGGUCCGAACAUUGAUCCUCUUGUAA